CUGAGGUGACGCAUGCUCGGCGCUGUCAGGAAGUCGCUCUAACAUUUUCACCUAGUGUUCUUAUAAAGGUUGCUCUGGCCCUCAGGUGUCCCACCAAAUCCUCGCGCUGACUUCCCGGGCCUGGUCGCCCUCGAGUCUCCUGUCAGGAGAGUCUAGAACCAGCCACCACAAGCCGCCAUCCAUCAGGUCUGCUGGUUGGCUUCUGUUGCAUACUUUGUUUCUGCUUAUCUCACAUUCACAUGGCACUGCUGUCAUCGUCAUCGUAUAGACCAGAGGAAAUGAAAUAAAUACAAACAUGGAGGACAGUUUCAACACCAAAUCAUCAGCAUCUACCUUCACUCUUCAGAGUUCUUCAGAGACAAUGGUUUCUAUUCAGCUCCUCGAUUUCAGAACAAGUUUACUUGAAGCACUAGAAGAGCUGCGUAUGAGAAGGGAAGCAGAGACUCAAUAUGAAGAGCAUAUUGCUAAAAUUAUUAUGGAGACACAAGAACUGAAAUGGCAAAAGGAGACUCUUCAGAAUCAAAAGGAAGCAUUAAUAAAGGAACACAAAGAAGCAAUGGGAGUUUUUAAAAAUCAGCUGCAGGUGAAGGUGUAUGCCUUGGAAGAAGAAAAGGGAAAAUACAAACUUGCUGCAGAAAUCAAAGAAAAAGAAAUAGAUGGAUUAAAGGAAACAUUGAAAACAUUGCAGGUUUCUCAAUAUUCUUUACAGAAGAAAGUGAGUGAAAUGGAACAAAAGGCUCAUUUACACCAUCUAGCUAAAGAAGAUUAUCACAAGCAACUUAAUGAAAUUGAAAAAUACUAUGCUACAAUAACAAAUCAGUUUGGAUUGGUGAGAGAGAGUCAUGUAAAGUUAGAACAAAGUGUACAAGAAGCAAUACAGUUAAACAAAAGACUCUCCACCUUAAAUGAAAAACAAGAAUCUGAAAUUCACAGUUUAAAGAAGGAAUUAAAGAAAGCAGCUUCAGAGUUGAUUAAGUCCAAGGUCACAUAUCAGCAUAAGAUGGAGGAAGAGGGUAUAGAUCUAAUAAUUAAAGAACAAAAAUAUGAAGAGCUCCAAGAAAGACUCAACAUGGAAUUGGAAUUAAAUAAGAAAAUUAAUGAAGAGAUUACCCACAUUCAAGAAGAAAAGCAGGAUAUCAUCAUUUCUUUUCAACAUAUGCAGCAAUUACUUCAGCAAGAAACUCAAGCUAAUACUGAAAUCAAUGCAGAAUUGAAGAUGCUAAGAGAAAAUAAUCAGACCCUUGAAAGAGAUAAUGAGCUGCAAAGGGAGAAGGUAAAAGAAAAUGAAGAAAAGUUCCUUAAUCUUGAGAAGGAGCAUGAGAGAGCACUGGGAACUUGGAAGAAACAUGUUGAAGAGCUUACUGGAGAAAUGAAUGGGAUUAAAAGCGAGCUGUCAUCACUUAAGGAAAGUCAUGUUAAGUUGCAAGAACAUUACAACAAAUUAUGUGAACAGAAAAACAAUGAGGACUGUAAAAAGUUUCAGAAUGUUCCAGAACUAAAUAAUGAAAAUAGUGAUGAACUAUCCAGUAGAAUAUCAGAAAAUACCAUCACACAAAAGUACAAUUCUGGUCCAGAAAUAUGGGGAAAAAAUACAAAGACUUUUUGUUUGGAUACUGAAUACAGGGGGAAAAAAGAGGAAAACAAAGACCUACUAGUAGGAAAAACUGCAGAAGGUAACUGUACCAUCACAUCGACAAAGCACAUCCUGGGCCCAGAAGGUUUACAGCCUUUUGAAAAAAGUGCCAAAAGCGAAAUUCAUACUAUGGUAUCUCAGGACAGAAACCAAAGUGGAAUGUCCCCACACAAAGCCCUCUGCCUAGAUAAGGACGGAACCAAUCAAGAACAAACCUUGAGUGUUACUGACAAUAGAAAGUCAGUCACUGUAGAAGUAAAAGACAAGCUGUGCUUGGAAAAAGCCAGCGGAUGUUCACAAUUUAAAUCACGGAAUAAUUUAUUUUUAGUGGUAGAUGAAUCACUAGAAACAGAAACGAUAUGCCUAGAAGAGACUGAAGGGUUAGGUCUUCUCCACAGUGGUGUAGAUGUACCUCCAGACACUCAAAGUAACAAAGCAUCCUUUAAUGGCUUGUCAGGUGAGAUGGCUCACAAAAGAAACUAUAGCACAGAUGGUUCUGAAAGCAACCCAUUCAAACAGCAAUUCAAAUUGCUUCCAGCAGAUCUGGAAAACGCUACAGAGAAGGAAAUUACAAAUCAUGACCAAACCAAAGCAGGGUUAGAUUCAUUUCUAGAUAUAAAACUAAAUUUUGAUCCAUGUAAGAGACAUGGUUUACAGGAUUCAAGUAAUGUUAUGUUAGAUGUUAAGUACCAAAAGAUAAAGCAAACGUUAAGAGAAGAGAGCCAGUGCAGCAUAGAGCCCUGUUCUUGUUAUCAGGCAGCCAGUAAGGCUCCCCAGAAGCCUGGAGCCGCCGUUGCCAGUGCUGCAGUAAUCAGCGCACCCGGUCCAUCUGCUAGCUCUGGUAAUGAUUUGACAGUACCUAAGAAAUCAGAAAACAGUAGUAAGACUAUGCCAACAUCUGUGGAACCUGCCCCAAGCCCAGCAGAAAGAACUAUAAGGACAAAUAUAAAUGACAUACAAAACAGCCCACGUAAGAACCAUUUGGGAGCUUCAGAAAGCAGUGUGAGCACCUCAGACUUUCAUGUUAACCAAGGGGACAGUCAUGCUUCACAAGCCAAAGAUUUAAAAGCUGCAGUUUCCCUGACACCUUCCUCAGAAAAACAGCUUCCCAUUGAGAAUCAGAUAACUGAAGCUCCAAAAAGUGGCCUCUUUUCCUUGGUGGAUGUUAAGGAAAGACAGUGCAUGUUGCUAAAUAACAGAGAGAAAGCAGAGGCAUUAACCGGCAUCCUGUCAGGAAGAACGUGCUGUGAAGGUCAGCUGGAAGAAACACUUUUGUCUCAUGUAACUCCAUCUGCAGACUCAGUAAGCACAAGUGCAGGGUCAGCCUUUGGCCUUCCUACUGCAGGUAAACCUGAGAAAACUCCAGGCUACAUGAAGUUUGUAGCCCCUAGUCCUUGGCCAAAAGUAAAUCAAACUAAAACCGUGGACACUGUAACACCCAGCAUCCCUUUAUUGCUGAAGGAGAAACCAGUAGGUCUGUCAGAGAACAGAGUGUUUACUCCAGUGACUUUUUGUAAAAAUGUUGGUCUGGAUGACACUAGGAAAAACAUUGAGCCAGAUCCUGCCAGCAUUAGCAGAGUUGCUGACACCGUGAGUAACUCGAGCAUCUAUCUAGAUCCCAAGGGACAGCCCAGUGAAGAGAGGAAUGCAACUGCACAGACGGUUUAUGAUUCUUCUUUUCCCACAGAACAUGUGAAAGCAGAGUCUGUGAUUUCAACCGGGCAACAAAGCCAUCCCCAGACAGUCAGGGUUACAGACUCUCCUGAUCCACUCACCAUUUCUCCUGAUAACAAUGACUGGCAGAGCCUUGUGAUGAACCGACUAACUGAAAUUGAAAAGUUACUAAGCUUAGAAAACGACAACCAGCCCAAAAGAAGAAAAGUAGCAGAGAUGCUGGAUAAAGUAACUGAUUAAAUGUUGAUAAUGCUUUCAACAGUGAGGCUGAUACACUCGGGUGAAGGACUGUUCAUGUAAACUUUAUAGCUGUCUUCACUUCAUCUUUCUCUACUAUGAUGCCGACUCCAUCUUGUAUUUGCAGAGCUUGCUGUUAGCACCUAGGCACCUUUAACUUGUCUUCCCCCUUUCUUUUUAUUUCCUUCAAGCACUGUUUGUUAGUUCCUUUUUUGUUAUUGAUUAAAUUCAUUUAUUCACUUUACAUCUCAAUACCAGCCCCUUGUCCUCCCAGUAUCCCCUUGCACUCCCAGUAUCCCCUUGCACAGAUUCUUCCCACUCUACCUUUCCCUUCUCCUUUGAGGAGGUGAAGCCCCCUAUAGGUAUCACCCCAACAGCCCCCUAUUAGUUCCUUUCUUUAAAGAAUUCAAAUAUGAUUAAGACUAAGUGGCCCUUUGAAAUGUUACUUUUUCUAGAGUUUGUGAUACUCCUUAAAACUGAGAAAAUAAAUAGCCAGAUUAGUCAAAUUUUAGUUGAUAAUGUUUUACUAUGACUUAGAACUUUUUUUCUCAAAGAACAAAAUUAUUUGCAUAAAAAUUCAGGUAUCUGAAAGACUCAGAAGGCUAUUUUUCACUUUGUUCAAGUUCUGUUUCCAGGCAUUAAGGGUGUCGUAGAGUUGUUGCCACUGCUGUUUUCCAAAUGUCCGAUGUGUGCUGUGACUAAAAAUUAAAAACAAACUAUUAACCAAC